CUGUGAGUGGUUGGUGUGGUCAGUUAUAAAUGUCAGGAAAUAUUGUGUAAAAUCAUUAAAAAUUACAUACUAUUAAAAAUAUCAGCGGACGCGGUGACUGAUAAAAAUAGAAGUUACCGUAAAAUGUACGAAUUUCGAUGUGCGUUCUGUUUAUUGUUUUUGAUAUUUUCAUUUAAUAAAGUGGACUUAUUGGAGAACGGUCUGGCCCGCACCCCUCCCAUGGGGUGGAUGUCAUGGGGAUAUUACAGGUGCGGAGUUAAAUGCGAAGAGGGCGAGCAUAAAUGCUUAAAUGAACAGCUCAUUUUAUCAGUUGCUGACAGUUUUUACAAUGAAGGCUACCAAGAAGCAGGCUUUGAGUACAUCAUCAUUGAUGACUGCUGGUCCGAAAAGAAACGGGACAGAAAUGGAAGGCUUGUAGCAAACAAAAAGAGGUUCCCACAUGGAAUGAAAUAUCUUGCUGAUUAUAUCCAUGCCAGAGGAUUGAAGUUUGGCAUGUACACAAAUGUAGCAAAUACCACAUGUAUGAGGUAUCCAGGGUCCUUGAGUCACAUGGAGCUGGAUGCAAAGACAUUUGCAGAGUGGGGAGUUGACUACCUUAAGGUAGACGGAUGCUAUGUAUCGGAAGAAAUUCUCAACACAGCAUACAUACAACUGGGUCGGUAUUUGAACAAGACCGGAAGGCCGAUGGUAUACUCAUGCAGUUGGCCGUACUACAUACAAUAUAUUCAUCAGCAAAUGCCAGACUACGAGGAGGUAGCGCGUUACUGCAACAUGUGGCGCAACUACCACGACGUUCAAACGUCCUGGGACUCCAUCGCGGACAUCGUCAGACAUUACCGCGGCGAAUACGCUCUACUCGCGCCAUACCACGGCCCUGGACAUUGGAACGAUCCUGAUAUGUUGAUAUUCGGCACGGGCGUGCUAACACAUAGCCAGAGUCGCAUACAAUUAACUGUGUUCGUGAUGAUGUCCGCCCCGCUUCUGCUAAGCUGUGACAUGAAGAAGAUCACGCCUUACGAGAAGUCGCUCCUACAGAACUUGGAUCUGAUGGCCAUUGCCCAGGAUCCGUUGGGCAUCAUGGCGGAACCAUACGGUGUGACAGGCUGCACGCUCUGGAUAAAACCCCACCUGCCUAGGAAAGGGGAUCAGUUCCCGUCGUACAGUCUCGCUAUCAUGAACUUGGAUGCAGACUCCAGCGACGUGUCAUUUAGAUUGAGCACUUACAACCUCAAUGCUACGGAUGGGUAUACAAUAUUGGACGUGUUCUCGGGCGAGUUUAUUCGAAACGUGACAUACAACGAUAAAAUUGAAGUCACUGUGCCGGGGCUUGAUGUAAUUUUGUACACCCUGUACCCGCUCUAAUGUCGCUAAACAUUGAUGAGGCAAUCGUCCACACAAAAAUCAACUUUAUACCCAAAGAAAAGAAGUUCAAAUUCGAAGGACGAUAAUUAAGUGAGUCUCUAUAAUAUUGGAUUUAGAACUUUAUGUGCAAAGUAUUUAAGGUUGCUUUUACCAAGUCGUAAAUGUGUGAUAUGUACUUUAUUUGUGUAAGGUCGCCGUCCAAAAAUGUAUUAAGUUUUGUUUGUAUCGAAUUGCCAAAAUAUGAAUAAUGCAAUUAGGAUUAACAAUACGUUGGGCAGAUUUCUAGUUAUCAAAUUAAACACUUUUUAUUUAGUUAUGUGUACCUAUGUACUUUAUAAUAGAAUAAGCAAAACACGCCUUUAUAUUCAAUAAAUUAACAGAGAGAGAUCUAUGAGUCGCCCCAACAAGUUUUUGACUAAAAAAACAAGAUUAGUACUUAUACAUACAAAUAUAAAACCUAAAUUCCUCUAAACCUUAAUCUAAACGAAGCUAAUACUAAACCGUUCCUAUUUGAUACUUAUGCUCUAAGCAGUAAGGUUGAUAAUAGUUAGACGCUAUCAUCGCAAAGUAACGAGGCUACGUCAAUAAGAGACUAGUUCCAAAGAGGUUUGAGCUUUUACUCAAGGGGUCAGACAUCUUGAGAUAUUUUUUUUUCUAUUUUAAGACUUUGUGGAGCAAAGAGGUUGGAUUUUUUAUAGUUUUAAAUUUACGCUGAAUACUGUCUUAGCAACCGUAAGUUUUGGUAGUCAGCUAGAAAUCAUGGAGACGUUUUUAGGAUCGUAUUAACAUUUAAUAUUGUAGAUAAUCUCAGUAAUAAUUUUAAAGUUCUUUUAAAGUAUUAAAAGUAGAUAGAUAGAGUAUAUUAUGCGGUUGAAGUGAGUUUCUCGACCAGGAUUAAACUCUAAAGUAGUAUUUUUCGAUUAAAGUUUUCAUUAAUAGCUCAUCUUUUUUAUGUGAUUC